UUGUGGACUUCAUAAUGUCCCUUUCUAUUUUGCAAGGUGGUGCUAGUAGGCUGAGAUCAUUUUUAUUCUGAUUUUGCAUUUGUAGGAAAGAAAGCAUGAUGGACGACAUUUAAGUUACAAAGUAAAGAUAUUUCCUUAACAUAUGAAACACAACAACAUCACCAAUUACGCCUUACGUUAGUUAAUAAUAGCUAUAUGAAUCCUAACUUUCUAUUUUGCUCCAUUGGGACCCAUUUCUUUCCUAUAUUCAAUAACUUCAGUUUCUUAUAUGAGAUGUUCUCUACAAUUUCUACUGAUGUAUAAAUAUCUAAACAAACUAAAGAAGAUUCAUAAUGGCUAAAUCUUUAUCUAACUAGUUGGUAUCACUUAUAAAGAUAUGUUCCUUAUUUUCUUUUUUCACUGAGUCUGCAUCGAUUCGAGAGGUUGUUCGUCUUUUAAGAAAACUUCCUCCCAUCUGAUUUUGGCCAACUUGGUCUUUUUUAACAUCUUGAGUCAUCAUGGUUUCAUACGUAUGGAUUCGUUUAGAGGUCUGCAUAGGACAUGAACCAUCACUUGUGACUUUUACUCAUGUUUUUGUAUGGACUCAUGGAAGCAGGACGAAGGACUAGGACUAGAAACUUUACAUUACCUUCUGGAUGCAGACUUUGGAGGAAUAACAUAAAGGGAUAGAAAGACCUGAGUGGCUUUGUGACAUGCAAAGUAGGGGAUGGAAGAGAGUCAGAAUUUGGGGUUAGGUCUAAUAUGAAGAGAAAACGUUGAGAAGUGCCUUCUCUACUAAUAUGGAGUGUUGAGCUAGAAAGAGAUAAAGAUGCAACAUACUUUGGAAGUUGAUUAAUUAUGAGGUUGGUGAAAACACUCUACAAACAGAAAGAAAGACUCACUAGCCAGGACGCGUGGAGGUGGGGUUUGAGAAGUGAUUACGCGUUCUCGCUUAAGUCAUAUUACCACAAGCUUUUCGUGAGAGAAGGGUCGGGCUUCCGCAUGUCUCAGUUUGGAUUCCUAGGGCACCAGGUGUAAUUCCUCGAUUGGUUGGUUGUGUAAAGAGAGCGAUUUAAAUAUUGAAAACAACAUCAGGUAGGAUCUCUUACAUCUUUGGGGGUGACACAUAAUGAAUUUGGAAGGACAUUUUGGAGAGAAUUGUAGACCUUUAGAUGUUGGAUUAUCCAGAUUUGCCUUUGUCUCAAGCAACCAUGGAAAGUGAUGAAACAAGCAAGUGUCCUUCAGAUGACACCAGUAGUCUGCAAAGUGUUCGGCCUUUGCAUGGGAGGACGAGUGGUCCUAAAAGACGUUCCAGACAAUGGAUUCCCGAGGAGGAUGAAAUCUUGCGCCAAGCUGUCCAACAGUUUAAGGGGAAAAGCUGGAAAAAGAUUGCGGAAUGUUUUAAGGACCGGACAGAUGUGCAAUGCCUGCACAGGUGGCAGAAAGUUCUUGAUCCCGAACUUGUCAAAGGUUCAUGGUCUAAAGAGGAAGAUGAUAAACUAAUUGAAUUAGUGAGCAGAUUUGGCCCCAAAAAAUGGUCCACCAUUGCACAGGAGUUAGCAGGACGUAUUGGAAAGCAAUGUCGGGAAAGAUGGCACAAUCACCUGAAUCCUGCAAUAAAGAAAGAAGCUUGGACACAAGAGGAGGAAUUGACUCUAAUUCGUGCCCACCAAGCUUAUGGAAACAAGUGGGCAGAGUUAUCAAAAUAUUUGCCUGGAAGGUCAGACAAUGCAAUAAAAAAUCACUGGAAUAGUUCUGUCAAAAAGAAACUGGAAUCAUAUUUGGCAUCAGGUUUACUUGCACAGUUCCCUGCACUGCCUAAUGUCAACCAUCAGAACCAAUCAAUCCCUUCUUCGUCUAUGAAGUUGCAACAAAAUAGUGAAGAUGAAAGUGUUCACAAAGAAGGAACAGAAGCAGAGGAAGUUACGGAAUGUAGUCAAGGUUCGACUCUUGCUGGUUGUUCCCAGUCUACAAGUGACUGGGGCAAUACAUUUGUGCAUAUAAGAGAGAAUGGUGGGAUGUCGGAGGAAUCAAUUCGUGAAAAGAAUGCAAACUCCAGCGGGGCACCAUGUCCUAGGAACUAUACCCCAGCUUUUCGAGAUGUUUCUUGUUCAAUGCCAAAAGUUCCCAGUGAACUUGUGGAUUCCAAGUUCCAUGAGCAUAAGUUCUCAUAUGACUGGGUCAAUUCCAUAGGAGAAGAUUGGCAGUUUAAUAGGGAUGACAUACCUAGUAUUUCUCUUCCGGAGUUCAUUCAGGAAUCCUCAGGACAUUACAUGCACUGUUUACAUGGCAAUGAGAACCAUGAUUUGGUAACCUAUCCAUUGCAAACGGCAAUGGAAUCUGGAGCAACUUUUAACGUAGGAAACAUGGUUGAGGAUCCAUAUAAACCCAAUGAAAUGUUUGAUGGUUGCAGGAUCGUAUAUCCUGAGGCGGGAAUUCCUCAAUGCUCUCCGUCCGAAACUGGGGUUAAUGGCAGUGGUGAACCUGCAGAUUCGUCAAUUUACGAAUCAUCAAACUAUCAGAUCCCUGAAGCAGGAAAUAUGGCUCCACAAAACUGCAAUGCUUUAUGUUUUGAUGAUUUUGAAGCUUCAUUCCAUCAGCGAUUUUCUGUUCCUUCGCAAUUUUCUUCUGAGGAUAGAUCACUUGUGUUUGGUAUUGCUUCAGAUCAGUUCCAUUAUCCUCCACUUGAAAACCCAGUUCAAGAGUCCUUCACCAGUAGAUGUGAUGGUUUUAUAUGUCCAAGUGAGUUUGGCACCCCUUCCAAUGAAAAUGGCAUAGAGAAUGAGGUCAUGAAAGAUGAACCUGAUCAUACAAAAGAUUCCUCAAGGCUAGAAGAACAGAAAGAUGGAGGAUCUUUAUGCUACGAGCCUCCUCGCUUUCCAAGCUUGGAUGCCCCCUUCAUGUGUUGUGAUAUUAAACAAUCUGUUUCAGAUACACAGCAAGAGUACAGCCCUUUUGGCAUCCGCCAAAUGAUGAUGUCUUCUGCAAACUGCCUUACUCCAUUAAGGUUGUGGGACUCACCAUCAAAAGAUGAUAGUCCAGAUGCUAUCUUGAAAAGUGCUGCCAAAACUUUCACUGGGACACCUUCUAUAUUAAAGAAGCGACACCGUGAUUUGGUGUCGCCUUUGUCAGAAAAGAGAUGUGGGAAAAAGCUUGAAACUGAUCUCAAUAUGUUUGAGGAGUCAGCCAAUGAAAAAGUGUCUACUGAAGACAAAGAAAAUCUACGUCCAUCCUCAGAAGAUGGAAGAAAGGAGGAGGGUGAUGGAGUAACUGGACUUUCAUGCAAUGGAAAUUCAGAGAGACAAUUAGAUGGUGGUGGUGCUCACUACCAUAAAGAGCUCCAUAGUGAAAGAAAUGGAGCCAAUGAUGCAACGGGAAAGGUAAAACAACCUUCUGGAGUUCUGGUUGAGCUUCGCUCAAAUGACAUGCUUUUCUCUCCUGAUCGUUUCUUGAUCAAGUGUGAUAGAGCUACAAGUCUGAGUAAUAAAGCUUUAGGUAACCAGUAUGCUAGACGACUUGAAGCUGCAUCAAAUCAAGUUACUGCUUCAUCCUCCUUUGAGACUUCAUGCUUGUCUAUUGUUUGCUCUCCUGACAUACUUGGGAAGCAUAGAAGCACAACGCAAUCUACUAUGUCAAUUGCAUUGGAGAAUACAGCUGAAAAUUCUGAAAAUGGAUUUGGUGCUGAGACUUCAAACAUAUUUGGAGAGACACCUUUUAAAAGGAGUAUUGAAUCUCCUUCAGCAUGGAAAUCUCCAUGGUUCAUGAAUUCUUUUCUGUCUAGCCUAAGCUAUGAUACAGAACUUGCAUUUGAGGAUCUUCUUUUUAUGAGCCCGGGUGAUAGAAGCUAUGAUGCUAUUGGGUUAAUGAAGCAAUUAAGUGAGCAAACUGCACCUUCAAUUGCUGAUGCCCGUCAGAUCUUGGGAAAUGAAACUCCAGAAACAAUCCUGUCGGAAAGGAAUUCCAAGAAACAGAAAACAGAUGAAAAUUGUGCCCAGGCUUCAAAUGCUAUCAGUGAGAGACGCACACUUGAUUUCAGUGAAUGUGGAACGCCGGGAAAGGGAAAAGAGACUACCAAAUUUGGAAGCAACAGCAGCUUUUCCAGUCCUUCCUCCUACCUGUUGAAGUGCUGCAGAUAGAAAGUCCUUUUAGGAUAGAAGGUUUUCUUCCCUCAAAGGUACUUGUUUGUCGGAACAUAUAGAUUCUAUUCAUUCAUUAAAUGUAUGCUUCAUUCCCCUUUGCUAAAUGCGGAAGCCAAUAGUACAUUCCCUCUUCUCUGAGCUUCAUUUUGCAGGAAGCAUGGUAAUGUUAAAAAAGGGGAGAAUAGAAAGCUGUGUAGAUUCUUUUUUUGAAGUAGUAAGUUUGAAGAAACUUUCUGUAGGUUGGGUGAGGUUAUGAGCAUUUGUACUUCACAUAUUGGACAAAGUGGACUAGAUUGACUAAAAUUGGGUUUGCUUUGGUAAGUUCCAAUUUGUUUGGGGCUGAGACGUAA